AUGUCUUCUUCAGCAGCUGCGCUGCUUCUUCUCCUCGGCGGCGCCGCCGUCGCCCAGCAGAUUGGCACGGCCGUCCCCGAGGUCCAUCCCAAGCUGCCCACGCAGUUCUGCACGACGGCCGGCGGCUGCAAGACCAUGCAGACCAGCCUCGUGACGGACGCCCUCUCGCGCGCGCUGCACGCCGUCGGCCAGCCGUCCGUCGCCUGCGACGUCGCCAACAAGACCCAGUGCCCGGACGCCACCACCUGCUCCAAGAACUGCGCCCUCGAGGGCUAUGACUAUGCGGCGCACGGCGUGUCGACCACCGGCAACGCCAUGACGCUGCGCCUGUUCAACGGGUCCGGUGCCAGCGUCCAGACCCUGAGCCCCCGCGUCUACUUGUUGGCCGAGGACGACAAGAACUACCAGCUGCUCAAGCUGGCCAACCAGGAGUUCACGUACGACGUGGACAUGUCCAAGGUCGGCUGCGGCGUCAACGGCGCGCUGUAUCUGUCGGAGAUGGACGCGUCCGGCGGCCGUUCGGCGGCCAACCAGGCGGGCGCCCAGUACGGCACGGGCUACUGCGACGCGCAGUGCUUCAACACGACCUUUAUCAACGGCCUGGCCAACUUCAACAACUCGGGCGCCUGCUGCAACGAGAUGGACAUCUGGGAGGCCAACAACGCCGCCACCGCCAUGACGCCCCACACCUGCAGCGACGCGGGCCUGUUCCAGUGCACCGGCGACGCCUGUGGCCGCGGCGCCGCGGCCGCCUGCGACAAGAACGGCUGCGGCAUCAACCCGUACCGCGCGGGCGCCAAGAACUUUUACGCGCCCGGCGGCUCCGUCGACACCUCCAAGCCCUUCACCGUCGUGACGCAGUUCCUGACGAGCGACAACGCGACCACGGGCAGCCUCGCCCAGAUCCGCCGCCUGUACAUCCAGAGCGGCAAGAUGGUCAGCUCGGCCACCAAGUCGUCCAACGGCUCGACGACGUCGCUGUCGUCCCUGGCCACCGGGUUCGGCACCAUCACCGAGGACUUUUGCACGCAGAACGGCGCCACCGACUUUGUGCGCCUGGGCGGCCUGCAGGGCAUGGGCAAGUCGCUGGCGCGCGGCAUGGUCCUGAUUUUCAGCAUCUGGGAUGCGCCCGGCGACUUUAUGACGUGGCUGGACAGCGGCGAGGCCGGCCCGUGCUCCGCGACGCAGGGCGACCCCAAGAUCAUUGCCAUGAACAACUCGGACGCCGCCGUCACCUUUUCCAACAUCCGCUGGGGCGACAUUGGCUCCACCAUCAAGAUGUCGCCCAACGGCUCCAUUGUCGCUGCCACCGACUUGGCCCUGUCCAAGCAGACAUCCGGCGGUGCGCCGCUGCUGUCCAUGUCGCUGUCGACGACCAUCCUUGGUGGUCUGGCCAUGGGCUUCGGCUACCUCUUGAUGUAA